GCCAGCCAGGACACCCCUUGGGAUCACACUGAGCUCGCCACAUCCCCAAGGUGGCUGAACCUUCCGCACCAACCCGCCCAGGUUAAACCCCAGAGGCCCCAUGGAAUUCCCUGGCCUGGGGGCCCUGGGGACCUCAGAACCCCUGCCUCAGUUUGUGGAUCCUGCCUUGGUGUCCUCGACACCAGAGUCAGGGGUCUUCUUCCCCUCUGGGCCUGAGGGCUUGGAUGCAGCAGCUUCCUCCACUGCCCCAAGCACAGCCACUGCUGCAGCUACUACACUGGCCUACUACAGGGACGCUGAGGCCUACAGACACUCUCCAGUCUUUCAGGUGUACCCACUGCUCAACUGUAUGGAGGGGAUCUCAGGGGGUUCACCCUAUGCUGGCUGGGCCUAUGGCAAGACGGGGCUCUAUCCUGCCUCAACCGUGUGCCCCAGUCGUGAGGACUCCCCUCCCCAGGCCCCGGAAGAUCCGGAUGGGAAGAGCAACACCAGUUUCCUGGAGACCUUGAAGACAGAGCGGCUGAGUCCUGACCUCUUGACCCUGGGGCCUGCCCUGCCUUCAUCUCUCCCUGUCUCCAGUAGUGCUUAUGGGGGUCCUGACUUUUCUGGUCCCUUCUUUUCUCCCACUGGGAGCCCCCUCAAUUCAGCAGCUUAUUCUUCCCCCAAGCUUCGUGGAAGCCUUCCUCUACCCCCUUGUGAGGCCAGGGAGUGUGUGAACUGCGGAGCAACAGCCACUCCACUGUGGCGGAGGGACAGGACAGGCCACUACCUGUGCAACGCUUGCGGCCUUUAUCACAAGAUGAAUGGGCAGAACAGGCCUCUCAUUCGGCCCAAGAAGCGCCUGAUUGUCAGUAAACGGGCAGGUACUCAGUGCACCAACUGCCAGACAACAACCACGACACUGUGGCGGAGAAAUGCCAGCGGAGACCCUGUGUGCAAUGCCUGUGGCCUUUACUACAAGCUACACCAGGUGAACCGACCACUGACCAUGCGGAAGGAUGGUAUUCAGACUCGGAACCGCAAGGCAUCUGGAAAAGGGAAAAAGAAGCGGGGGUCAAGUCUGGGAGGAACAGGAGCAGCUGAAGGACCAGCUGGUGGCUUCAUGGUGGUGGCUGGUAGCAGUGGUAGUGGGAAUUGUGGAGAGGUAGCCUCAGGUUUGACACUGGGUCCUCCAGGUACUGCCCAUCUCUACCAAGGCCUGGGCCCUGUGGUGCUGUCAGGGCCUGUUAGCCACCUCAUGCCUUUCCCUGGACCCCUGCUGGGCUCACCCACAGGAUCCUUCCCCACAGGCCCUGUGCCUCCCACCACCAGCACCACUGUGGUGGCUCCACUCAGCUCUUGAGGGCACAGAGCAUGGCUUCAGGGAGCAGGGGUGGGGUGGUGGUUCCCUCCCGUUGUAUCCAGCAGUCUAUACAACCCAACCCUCUGGGACCCAGUCAUCUCCUGCCUGGAUUUUCAAAGUUUUUGUAAAAUAAAACCACCA